AUGGCACCAGCACCAAUAACAGACAGUGAUGAUUCACAAACACAUUCAUCAAGACCAAGUGAAUAUGACAUGGAAUUUUAUUAUCAACGUUUAUUACCUUUUAAAUAUAUUUUUCAAUGGUUAAGUCAUUCCCUUAAACCAACAAAAGAUUUUACAAUGAGAGAAUUUGCUUAUGAAUAUAGAUCAGGUGCUUAUCAACGUUAUAACUCGUAUAAUAGUGUUGAAGAUUUUAAAAAAUCUGUUAUAAAAGCUAACCCUACACGUUUUGAAAUUGGUGCUGUUUAUAAAGUAUCACCUAAAGAACGACAAAAUUUACCAAAACAAGCUUUAAAACCAUUAAGUAAAGAGUUGGUGUUUGAUAUUGAUUUAACUGAUUAUGAUGAAAUUAGAACUUGUUGUCAGGGAACUGAUAUAUGUUGUAAAUGUUGGAAAUUUAUACAAGUUGGUUCUAAAAUAAUUGAAGAUUGUUUAAGACAAGAUUUUGGAUUUAAACAUAUGAUAUGGGUAUUUUCAGGUAGAAGAGGUGCACAUUGUUGGAUAAGUGAUAAAAGAGCAAGGGAAUUAGAUGAAGUUAGUAGAAGAUCAAUAGUUGAAUAUCUAGAUGUAUUAGGUGCAAAACAUGUUAAAACCCAAAAAGGAUUACAUGUAAAAAGACCAUUUCAUCCUCAUAUAGAAAGAAGUUUUGAAGUAAUGAGAAAUUCGUUCAUUGAUAUAAUUUUAGAAGAUCAAGAUCCAUGGUAUACCGAUGCAGAAACUAGUGAAGAUUCUAAAAAUUGGAAACAAAUAAAUGAUUUAUUAAAUUUUAUACCCAAUAAAGAAUUACAAAUCGAACUAAAGAAGAAAUGGCAAUCUGAAAAGAAAAUAUCAAGAUCAAAAGAUAAAUGGGAAGAUAUAAAUAAUUUAGCAUCUAAAAUAUUUAAAACAAAUCUGCAAGUUACACCAUUAUUAGAAGCAAAAAAGGAUAUUAUAAUAUAUUAUUUAUAUCCAAGAUUAGAUAUUGAAGUAUCUCGUCAAGUUAUUCAUUUAUUAAAAUCUCCAUUUUGUAUACAUCCAGGUACUGGGAAUGUUUGUGUACCUUUUAAUCCAUUAAAGAAUAUAUCAGGUAAUUCACAAGAUGAUAAUUAUGGAUUUAAUCCAACUACUUCACCAAAUUUAAAAAAAUUACAAGAUGAAUUAGAAACUUGGGAAAAUAAUAAUACGGGAAGUAAUAAUGAUAUACCAACUUGGGACAAAACAAGUUUAAAACCAUAUAUUGAUUAUUUUAAACAGUUUGUUGCGGACUUACUUAAAUCAGAGGAUAAAGAGAAAAGAGAGUUAGAAAAUCCUUAUGAAUUUUAA